AUACGGUCAUUGUGGAGUUGACACCCGAGUGCGUGAUGACUUUUGAGCCCAGUCAUCGAUUGAGCCAAAAGCUUUUGGAUCUCAAGCAAGCAACAAAUCAUUCUCAUCACCCCAGCACACAAUCUGAUCUACAAGACCGUUGUUGUCUCUAUUCCAUUCUCUACCUUUUGUAACUACAUUCAAUCCGUCAAGAUGCCAUCGGACAAGAAGAAGAGCAAGGACAAGAAGAUCAAGAAGUCUGGAGUCCGAACAAAGUUUUUGAUUGAAUCGUUGCGUCAAGAGUACUAUGACUUGCGUUCGGAAAACGAUAUGCUGCGAGGCAUUGUCGAGGAACACUUGCCCAAGGACGUGGCUGGACCUCUUCUAGCCGAAUGCUUUGAUCCUACAUCGGCAUCCUCCAAGGUCAGCUCCAUUGAUGACCUCGCCAACAAAAUGUCGGGAGUCUCUACCAAAGAUGAUGACUCGGAUGAUGAAGAUGAUGCUGUUGGUUUCUAAACUAUGUAUUACAAAAGUGACACUGUGACUCUUACUACGAGUGGUUGUGGAUGUGUGAGAAGAGGUUGUGGCGGUCUUGUCACUAUCGGUGUGCUUGUGGAGGGUACCAAAAGAAAGGGAUGACCAGAGUUGUUGGGUCAUCCCUGACAGAGCACAGGACAAGCAGCCACACCCAAAGAAAAAAUCAAAUAAAAAUAAUAAAAGGAUCUACUUUUUUG